GGUCCCGCGAGGCUCGGGAGGCCGCCGCUCUGCUUGCUCGAGCCUCUCCGGGCACCGAGGGCAGCGGCGGCGACGGCGACGGGGAGGACGAGGGCGCCGACUACUACGAGAACCUGCCCGCGGGCUGCGCGCCCGAGGGGGCGGAGGCGCCGCGGGCCUCGCCUUCCCCAGCGGCGGGCUCCUCCCCGGGGAUGGAGGGCGGCCGCCUGGAGACGGGCAGGCUGCAGACCCAGUUGCGAGAGGCCUAUUAUCUGCUGAUCCAGGCCAUGCACGACCUGCCCCCUGACUCGGGCACGCGGCGGGGCGGACCCGCGGGAGGCCGGGCUCGGGGCCAGCCGCCGCCUCUCCCCCGCGGCGCAGGGGUGCGCCCAGCCUGCAGCCCCCGAGGCGGCGACCGCCCUCCGCGGCAGGUGUCCCCGCCCAGGUCGCCUCCGAGGGAGCCGCGGCUGGAGAGGCCGCCCAGUCCUCGGAGGCGGCUGUCCAGCUGCCGGAGCCUCGAGAGCCUCCGCGUGAGUCCCCAGCCGCCUGUGCUCCAGCGGUGGGCGAGCGACAGCUGCAUCAGGUGCGGGGCGCACAGGGACCGGCACGAGCCCCCGCCACGUGGAGGUGGGAUGGACGGCUGGAGCCGGGGCAGCCACCGGGCUGCUGCGCCCGCCGCCCUCCUGCCUCCCCUCUGCCGGGACCUCGGCCGGUCCUCCGGACGUCCCUUUAGGGAUCCCACGGGGACCUCUGUGAUAUGCAGUAGCCGAGAGGACCGUCCCGAGGAGCCUGCCCUCCUCAAGCCACCUGCGGUGACAGUCAAGAAGCUGCAGAAGUGGAUGUACAAAGGACGCCUGCUGUCCCUGGGGAUGAAGGGUCGCGCUCGUGGGACAGCACCCAAAGUUCCCGGAGCGCAGGCAACCUCACCAAAUUUGGGCAGUUGGAAGGUGCAUGAAAACCACGUCCUCUCGGUGACAACCGACCAAAGAAUCACACUGACAGACCUAUUUGAAAAUGUCUACGGGUCUCCGCUGAAGAAGAGAGAGCCGGAAGAUGUAAAGGGUACUGCUGAGCUUAGAGGUCACCAGCCCCUCAACAGCAUCACUGUUUCGAAGAAGCGCAAUUGGCUGUAUCAGAGUACCCUGAGGUCCCAGAGUCUGGAAGAGAGAAGGCGAUGCCAAGACAGUUAUUUUUCCCUCUCCCCCGUGUCUCCACACAGACGCCAGCCAUCGCAGCCUUUCUGUAAAUCCCCCAGGGGACACUGCACACUUGCGGGGUGUAACGCAGCCAGCUCUCCAUCACCAGGAAACGGCUCUCUAGACUUCAGUGAGGACAACGAUGCCGACGAUGAAGGAGAGAUAUGGUACAAUCCCAUCCCCGAGGACGAGGACCUCGGCAUAGCAAGUGUCUUGAGGCUUGGGGAGGCAAAGGCUGCUGCCCUGAAGCUCCCUGCUCUGUGUGUGAGCAUGUUGUCUCCCGGGGACCUGAUGAAGGCCGAGCCUCACGGCGAAGAGCUGCUGUGUCCUGCUCAACACACGGGUGACGUGCACACUGCGCAGUCCAAUGGAAUUUGUUCUGUAGAUGCCGUGCGUUCUGCGGACGUUCCACAGCAGUGCAAGCAAAGGUCGGGGCACAGGACAUGGGAAGGCUCGAUGGCGGAGGACGGCCCCAUGUUGAAACCUGCUUUUACAGGUCCUGGGAUUGUAGUUUCUACAAAUAGGACUGAACUGAGAGCUAUGGAGCCAUCUUCUCCAAGCCCCAGCCCUGUGAAGAAAGGCAGCUCAAUUACUUGGUCUUUGCCAGAUAAAAUAAAAUCUCCACGUACUGUGAGGAAACUUUCUAUGAAAAUGAAGAGGUUGCCGGAAUUCAGCCGAAAGCUGGGUGCCAGGGGUGCUUCGCACUACGUAAACAGUCCAGAUGGCACCCCUUCUCUAUCUAAAUGGAACUGCCGAGAAAUUUCUCAUAGUGUUAUUCUGCCUUCUGCGAACCCAACCAGGAACGUAAUAAGCCGGUAUCAUCUUGAUACGACCGUAUCUUCUCAGCACAGCUACCAGAAGAAAGUCACCAGGAGCUCAAAGUAUUCCUGCAAGGGUGGGUACCUCAGUGACGGAGACUCACCCGAGCUUAGAACUAAAUCUAGCAAGCAUGGAUCCGAGCACAAACUUGGAAAAGGGAGAGAAACCGUUCCAAGCAGUUGUAGCAAAAAUGAAAUAGAUGUAGGUGCCUUUAGACACUACAGCUUUGCGGAUCAACCAAAGUGUUCACAGUACAUAUCCGGUCUCAUGAGUGUGCACUUCUACGGCGCAGAGGGUUUAAAGCCACCCCGGAUAGAUUCCAAAGACGUCUUUUGUGCAAUUCAGGUAGACUCAGUGAACAAAGCCAGAACAGCUUUGCUCACCUGUCGGACAACGUUUUUAGACAUGGACCACACCUUCAACAUAGAGAUUGAAAACGCACAGCAUUUGAAACUGGUGGUGUUCAGCUGGGAGCCCACUCCAAGGAGAAAUAGAGUGUGCUGUCAUGGCACGGUGGUCCUGCCCACCUUAUUCAGAGUGACAAAAACACACCAGCUGGCUGUCAAGCUUGAACCCAGAGGGCUCAUAUAUGUCAAGUUGACCCUGAUGGAACAGUGGGAGAAUUCUCUCCAUGGCCUGGAUAAAAACCGAGAAUCAGUAAUGUUUGGUGUUGACAUUCAGAAAGUUGUAGAAAAAGAAAAUGUAGGCUUGAUGGUGCCACUGUUGAUACAGAAAUGUAUCAUGGAAAUUGAAAAGAGGGGCUGUCAGGUUGUAGGCCUGUAUCGAUUGUGUGGUUCAGCAGCUGUCAAGAAAGAACUUCGAGAGGCUUUUGAGAAGGAUAGCAAAACUGUUGGUCUCUGUGAGAGCCAGUACCCUGAUAUAAAUGUAAUAACAGGUGUUCUUAAGGACUAUUUAAGAGAACUUCCUUCUCCCCUAAUUACAAAGCAGCUGUAUGAGGCUGUGUUAGAUGCAAUGGUGAAAAGUCCUUUGAAAAUGUCAUCAAAUGGUUGUGAGAAUGAGGCCAGUGACUCGAAGUUCACUGUUGACCUGCUGAACUGCCUGCCCAAUGUUGAGAAGGCUACCCUGAAGAUGCUGCUCGAUCAUCUGAAAUUGGUGGCCUCCUACCAUGAAGUGAAUAAGAUGACCUGUCAGAAUCUGGCUGUGUGCUUCGGACCGGUGUUGCUCAGUCAGAGGCAGGAGACUUCCACGCACCACAGAGUCUUCACCGAUUCCGAAGAACUGGCAAGUGCUUUGGAUUUUAAAAAGCACAUCGAAGUUCUUCAUUACUUGCUCCAACUCUGGCCAGUGCAACGCUUAACUGUCAGAGAGCCCACAGACAGUUUGUGCCUGGAGCAGUCAUCUUCUCUGAAUUAUUUGAGGCGAAAGAAAGAGCAGCCGUGUGUAUUAAAUUUGAGUGGUACGGAUUCAUCAGGGGUGCUGAGGCCAAGGCAGGUCAGACUAGACAGCCCACUCAGCAAUCGCUAUGCAGGAGACUGGAGCAGCUGCGGAGAAGACUAUUUUUUAAAUACAAAGGAAAAUUUCAAGGAUUUGGAUUAUGAUGAUGUUCCCUUAGAAAAUGGAGAAAAUAGAGAUUAUAGCAAAAUGGAUGGAGCAGAAGUCAUGAUUGGGCAGCAAAUCCCCAUGUCCAAAGGGUGCACGUUUCAGACGUACUUGACAGUGGAGACAAUUGAGUCUACAGCGGAUCAAAAAGCUAACCUCAGAGAUCUUCAAGAAAGUAUCGAUACGUUGAUUGGUAACCUGGAACGUGAGCUCAACAAAAACAAGCUGAAUAUGAGUGUUUGAGGUGGAGGGCCAUUUUCUUUGUGAAGAUGUCAUCAAGGUUCACGGCAAUCCUUACCCCUCUCGGGGCCUCUUUCUGGUAUUUCUUUUAAUGUUGGAACCUUAAAUUAAUUUCUAAUAAAAUAAGUUCAUGUAAUUCAGUUAUAAUCACUGCUCACCAAUACAGUUAUUUUACUUUGAGAUGUUCUGGGGCAUAAAGGUAACUUGGACUUGGGGAAUAGUUUAGUAAACCUUGCUAGCUGCCUGGAGGAAUCGUGCAGGUCUUUGUAAGGGAUGGGUACGGUAUUACCCCGUUGAGGCUUUGGUGCAGUGUGAGAGCUGCUCUCCCUUAGCUGGGGACAGAUGCUCCCUGCAGAGCACGCCGCAGCUGGACUGGCUGAUCUGCAGUCAGAGCCCUUGUGCAAUGUCAUUUCCAAGACGAAUGCUGCUAUGAGAAAAGUUUUUAUAAAUGUAAAAUUAUACAGAUAUUAAUGUAUUUUGUAUUAACAUUCAGCAAUUAUUUAAGUUUAUAAAAAAUUAAUAUUUUUAUGAUUUGGAGAAUAUGUAUAUAUUUAUAAGUGCAUUAUGUGUGUAUAGGUUUCAGAAUGAGGAAAGGUGUUGACUAUAGCAUUUUAUGUAUUUUAAAAACUAUGUCACAAGGCCAAAAUUAUAAGCUUAAAAAUGUCUUUUUCAGAAAGAAUGUCUAAGUUAAAAGAUAAGUUACAUUAAAAAAAAAAAACUUGAAUAAAAAGACACUAGAAGUAUUUGAGUAGAAGCAAUAGCCUUUCCCGUUUGCUCCCUAGACACAGUAUCCCUGUGAAAAGUCAUACUUUACAUUGAAGUCUUUCAGCUACAUAAGGGAUCGAGGGACUAGAUCCCUGCACUGGUGACUUAAAAAAAAUGUCACCUGUUGUAUGCAUUACUGUUUCCUGUGAUGCUUUAAAUAUUUAUUUGUAGUGGUAUACUAAAUGUUGACUUCAUAAUUGUCCUUGUUUCUAAAGAAGUCAUCUUGCCAGGAGGCUACAUGUUACAGUUAAAAAAAGAAAUUAACUUAUUUUGGCUAAGGGCAUCUCCCAGGGCAGUUGUUACAGAAAUCACAGUGGUGUGUAAAGCUGUAAAUUUAGAAGGCUUUUAAAACUUAAAUUGGAAUGUAUUUUUUAAAAGCUUUUAUACUUACAGAAUGUGUAAUUUUAAAAGUAUAAAUGAAACUUCAGUUACCGAGUUUAAUGUGCAACAGCCACGAAAACUGACUUCUUAACGUACUUCUAAAUAUUAAGGUACUUAAUGUAACUAUGUCUAUGCAAUUUGUAUAACAUCCAGCUAUUUAAUUUGAAAGCCCAUUAGUUUGGAGAAAAAUAAUUGUUUUUAUAUGAGACUUUCAUUUUUUAAAAUUCUGUGUAACAAAUACCAGAAACUAUGCAAAACUCUUUUUAAAUGUUUGUAAGGAAAAUAUCUGUUUUCUUUCUUUCGUGUGCUGUAUCAUGCAUAUAUGUAAAUCCUGUAAGUGGCUCCAGAAUGUAAGUGCUUUAUUAAAGUAUUAUAACAGUG